CCACGUUGGCCGCACAUGCGCAGAGAGCGAGGUCACCUGCUGGAUAUCAGAAGCGAACAAGGAAGUCUAGCACUGAGGGCUGGAUGUCAGGCUGAACUAAAACAAAAUACAUCUCCGCCGGAUAGUAGUCAUCUGGCUCGUCAGCUGUUAGCUACAUCGGCGUGACAAGAUGUUUAAAAAACUCAAGCAGAGGAUAAACGAGGAGCAGUCACCGCUGAGGAAUGCGCAGUCACCACAGCAGGCCCAGCAGAUGGGCAGUGGAGACCGGCGCAGCAGUCAAACCCCGCCGCUUCACCAUGAUGGCUCACCCUCUCCCAGUGACAGAGAGAUGCUGGCCGGGAUGAUAGCAGAGCCCGCUUUUCUCUCUGAGUAUACUAUCUUUGCUCUGGACCAUUCAAAACGACCCAAAACGGCCCAGGUAGCCAGUGUGAGCAUCCCUAAAGGACCAGCAAGAUCUCCCAGAGGGAGCAUCAAUGGGGAUGGAAGUGCUUCUCCUCUUAGAGAGGAGACGCAGUCAUUUGCCCAGAAACUGCAGUUAAGAGUUCCCUCAAUGGAGUCGUUGAUUCGUGGCGGCGCCAGUCGGGCGGAAAACCUGUUCCGCUCCCCCUCCAAAGAAAACCUGGUCCGAAGCUCAUCGCGCGAGUCCCUGACACCUUUGGGAGAAAACGACUCCCCGGGCACGCCCACAUACGACCCCCCCUCAGAUAUUGAAAGCGAGGCCGAGGAGCCACCAGGAACUGCCGAGUCUCUUUCCAAAGAGCAGCUGGUGCACCGACUGCUCAGAGUGGAGAGGAGUCUGGGGAAGUACAGAGGGAAGUACUCAGAGCUGGUUACUGCGUAUCGAACGGUACAACGAGAUAAAGAAAAAACACAGGUCAUCCUCAGUCAGAGUCAAGAUAAAGCUCUCCGCAGGAUAGGGGAGCUACGGGAGGAGCUUCAAAUGGAUCAGCAGGCCAAGAAACACCUACAAGACGAGUUUGAUGCUGCGCUGGAAGAGAAGGAUCAGAUGAUCACUGUACUUCAAACACAGGUCGCCCUUUUGAAGAAACGAGCCAAGGGGUUCUCUGAGGGUGACGUCCCUCAAUCUGAAGACGCAGAUACAGACUCAACCUCUUCAACACAAAGUCCUUUGAAGGAGCAAGGAGCAGAAUCUGAAGUCACUGAGGGAGAGGGCAACAGUGAUCCAACCAAGCUCAUGGAGGCUCUGCAGAAGAGGGUUAAGAGGCAGGAAAACCUGCUGCAAAAGUGCAAAGAGGUGAUGCGAACACACAAGGAGCGCAGCGCCCAGCUGAGCAGUGAGAAUGAGACUUUGCAGGAGCAGCUGCAGGAGAGACUGCAGGAGCUGGAGAAAGUGAAGGAAUUUCACACAGCAGAAAAGACCAAGUUGAUCACUCAACUGCGUGAUGCUAAGAACCUCAUUGAACAGCUUGAGCAGGACAAGGGAAUGGUUAUUGCCGAGACAAAGCGCCAGAUGCACGAGACGCUGGAAAUGAAAGAAGAGGAGGUUGCACAGCUCCGCUCCAGGCUCCAGCAGGCUACCGUCCAGAAAGAAGAAUUACAGGACCAGAAAGAGAAGGCUGAGAAAUCAGCAUUUGAAGAACUUGAACGAGCACUGGGCGUAGCUCAGAGGGCGGAGGAGGCCAAGAAACAGCUGCAGGUUCAGCUGGAGGAGCAGGUGAAGGAUGUUGAGAGGGCCGGUGAGGAAGAGAGGAAGAGUCUGCAGCAGGAGCUCACACGAGUCAAACAGGAGGUCGUCACCAUCAUGAAGAAAUCGUCGGAGGAAACGAUGGCCAACAUGGAAAAAGCCCACAGUGAAGCUUUGACUGCUAAAGAAGAAGAGAUGAGUGCCAGAGUCAACAAAGCUGUGGAGCAAUGCAAAGAGGAGUUUUCCCAGUUAGCCAAGGAGAGGGAGCAGCAGUUCUCUCUGGCUCUGGAGGACGUGGAGUUACAGAAGACAGCUGUGAGGACUGAAGCUGAUAACAAGGUCAAAGAGAUACAGUCGGAGCUGGAAGCUGCAAGAACUAGAGUGUUGGAGCUGGAGAGCUCUCUGGAGAAGAUCUCACAAGACGGAUCAAGUCUGUCCCAUGAACUUUCCAGUCAGUUGGACGAGCUGAAGGAUAAACACAAAGAGCAAAUCUCUGCAUUAGAGGAAAAGCACCAAGAGCAGCUGGAAAAGCACAAGGGCACCGUAACCCAGCAGAAUGAUGCUACUCUUGAGGAGCUCAAGGAAAAACACAGAGUUGAAGUGGAGAGCCUUCUGAAAGAUAAAGAGCUGCAGCUCCAAGCACAUGUUGAAGACAUGAACCAGAAAACCUUGGAGAAACUGGACGCAAAGCAGGCAGAGCUAGAGGCAGUUUCCUCUGAGCUUUCUGAGGCUUUGAAGAGCAAACAGGUCCUGGAGGAGAAGCUGGCGGCAGCGGAAGAAGCUCAACGAGAACACGAAAAGAGGUUCCAAGAUCACUUAGAAAAGCACAAUGUAGAGCUCGCAAAUAUUAAACAGGAGCACGAGCAGUCACUUGGAGGUGUAGAGAAAACUCUGAAACAGGAACUUAACGCGUUGAGGAUUGUUCUGACGGAAAGGGAAAAGGAAAUUAAAGAACACACCCUCAGAGAAAAAACACUACAAGAGGAGUCACAUUCCACUGUGCAAGAAUUAAAUGUCAAGGUUAAGGAACUUGAGGAGCUGCAGCAGCGUUUGUCACAAUCCCAGCUGGAAAGUGGAAGCCUAAAGGAAGCUAAUUCACAGUUAAGUAAGAUGUCGCAGGAUCUUGAUCAGUGUAAGAAGGAUUUGACAGAUUUGGAGCAUCAGUUGGAAGUAGCAAAGAGUGACUGCCAACAAAAAGAGAAGUCGCUUCAAGAACUCGAUCAACAAUUACAGCAGACCAAAAAGGAACUCUCAGAGCAGGAGAAGAGAGAGAACACUAAGCAGGAAGAACUAACCCGCCUCAAGAAACAGCUGGAUGAUGAAAAAGCUGCGCAUGAGAAGAAGAUGAAAACCACUGUAACUGAGAUGGAAGCUAAGCUGAAAGCCCAGGAGACAAAAAUGGAAAAGAUUAAAAAUAAGGCCAAAGAAAUGCAUGAGAGUUAUAAGAAAAAGCUUCAGCAGAAUGAAGAAACGAUGAAGAAGGAACUCGCAAAGAAGGAAAAAGAGCUUCAACAGACAGAGAAACAAGUUCAAGAGAAAAUAGUAGAGAUGGCCCAAAAGAGUUCCCAAGGCCUCAGCAGUGCGAUGUCUGAGCUGCAGGCCAAUCAUAAAGAAGAAGUGGAUAAGCUACGUGACGGCCACAAGCAUGAGAUUGAGGAGUUGGAGCGUCAAUGGCAGGGGAAGCUCGGACAGCAGGAGGAAGAAUUAACAGAGAAACACACACAGGCACUACAGGAGAAGGCUCAGGAGCUGGAGGACAUUUCUCAGCAGCUCGGCAAAAGCAAAGAGGAGAGCGAGCAAGUGUCUUGUGAAUUUAAGGAUUUAAAGGAGGACCUGGCGAUUCGAGAAACCACUGUGCAGAAGCUGCAAGAGGAGCUUAACGAAGCAGCGGUUAAGCUGGAGAGUUUGUCUCAGGGUGAAGCGUUGCUCAAAGAGCAAAUGGAGUCAGUGGAGAGGAACCUUAACCAGGCUCUGAAGGAGAGAAACUCCCUCCAAGACGAACUCAACACGACAAAGGAAAAGAACAAAGAGAAGGUAAAGACCUUGUCGGAAAAGCUGAAGCAAGCAGAGAAGCAGCGUAAAGCGGUGGAAUCUUCCAGAUCUAAGGAAAGUGAGGACUUGCAGAGUAAAUUUGAGGAAACUACCAUUCAGUUACAAGCCAAGGAAGCAGAGUUCCAGCAGCAUUUGAUUAUGAUCCGAAACCAAAUGGAGCAUCACUGUAAGGAGGUUCAGGAUAAAGUGGAGUCUGGAUCUAAUGAACUCUGUCAAAGAGUUGAAUGUAGGUUGGAGGAGCUGAAAGACAGACUGCUGUGUAGUCAGAAAAAGGUAGCGAAUCUGAAAAACGUUAUCCUCACUAAAGUAGAUAGAAUUUGCACUUUAGAGGAGAAUCUCCGCCAGAAGACGGAGGAGAGUAAGAAUCUAUGCAUUUCAUUAGAACAGAUGACUGCUCAGGUAAACGCUCACACGGAGCACGUCAAAGCCUUAACACACGAGAAGGAGAGUCAUUCUCAGUCCAUCAACGAGAGAGCUCUGAAAAUUGAGGAGCUCAGUGAAGCAAACAGUUCACUCAGCUCGCAUAUCACUAACCUGGAAAGCAUCACCAGUGACUUGAAAAAUCAGCUUGCAAGUAGCAUACAAGAGAAGGAGGAAGCCAUAAGUCAGCUGCACCAGCAGAAUAAAGAGGCUGCUGCUCGGAUGGAGGAGACCAUUGAGAGAUUAGAGCAGGAGAGAAAAUCUGCUCUAGAGCAGGCGGAUGCACUCAGGAUGAGUUUAUCCGAGCAUGAGAAGAAGACGGAGACAAAGUUCAGCCAGAAUGACAACACUAUUAUAUCUCUGCAGGCCAGGCUGGAUGAGCUGGAGCGAGAAAUCUUUGAAAAGAACGAAGCCCUGCAAAGGCUGACAGCAAGUAUCGACAAUCAGUCCAUCAGCAAGUCUGAGAUGGAUCAGGCGUUGAGCGAGAAGGAGCAGAAGGUCAGCGGACUCACCACAGAGCUGGAGAGCUGCAUCAGUCGACUCGGAGACCUUCAGGAGCAGUUAGCCUUAAAGACAAAAGAGUGCGAACAACUCACAGCUGACCUCAAACAGCAGCACAGCGUCAGGGAGAAUGAGAAGAAAGAGUUGGUGGAGCAGCUGCAGCGGAGCCAGAUGCAGUGCAGUCAGAACGGUCACCUGGAGCAGGAGAUGGUGGAGAAACUCCAUUCCCUCGAGGAAGACAACCAAAAGUGCAAACACAAGCUUGAAAGUCAAAAGGAAGAAUUUGAAAGGAUGAAAGACGAGAUCACCAAGAGCAAAGAAGAGAGCCUGAAGGCAGCUGAGGAGAAGUUAUCUGCGGAGAGCGCCCGCAAAGUGUCAGAGCUGAAGAAGAAAGCCGAGCAGAAAAUCGGUCAGAUUAAGAAACAGCUAACCUCGCAGCUCGAGGAGAAAGAGCAGGCGAUCAAGGCUCUUCAGACUAGCCUGGAGGAAUUCAAGAGCAACGAAACGUCUGGAAAACAACACGCAGAAACGUUAGAGGAGAAAACAAAAACACUAGAGGAAGCUCUCGUCAAACUUAAAGAAGAGCAGGAGAAACGACUUGAACAGAUUCUGAAUGAUGAGAGGCUUGAGAAAGAAAAGUCUUUAGAGGAAUUAAAACGAUUGUACGAAGAGAAACUUUCCUCGCUGCAGAGAGACGCAGCGCAAGAAGGGGAGCUCAAAGAAGCUGAAUCGGCAUUACAUGAAAUCGAGGCAAAGCUAAGAGAAGCAGAGGAGCAGAAUGGAAACCUUCUCACAGAAAUAAAUCGUCUGAAAGAAGAAAUAUGUAAGAAGGAUGCCCAGAUUGAUGAACAGCAGGCAGCUGCCAAACAGGUCCAAAAUCCAUCAGAACUUGAGGCUGAGGUGAAGGUGGAAUGUAGCCGCAUGCAGCAAACCGGGAGCGUGAUGCAAACCGAGAUGGAAAACCACUCUCCGAUGCAAGAUAUGGACGGCGAUUCUCUGGAGUCUCUCAGAAACAGUCUGAGUCAGGUGAAGAACGAGAAAGAGAAAAUCCACAAGGACUUCACCAGGCUCCAGAAAGACAUCCGAGUACUGAGGAAGGAGCACGAACAGGAGCUGGAAUACACGAAGAAGGAAAUUUUAGAGGAGAAUGAGAAAAAGCUGAAACUAGAGUUGGAAGAUAUGGAGAUGAAGCACAACUCUGCUAUCAAGCAGUUAAUGAGGGAGAUCAACACACAGAUGGCUUUGAGGGAGAGGGAGCUUGAUUCAGCAGUGAAGGAGACCAUUGCGAAGGCCCAGGCUGUGGAGGCCGAGCUCAUCAGCAGCCAUCGAGACGAAGCCAGUCAGCUGAGGAAGAUGAUCGCCCAGAAAGAGGAUGAUUUGCACAGAACAGUUAAGAAAUAUGAAGAGGUUAUACAGAGUCGAGAGGAGGAGAUGGGCGACCGAGUGUGGCAGGUUCAGAAAGAACUGGAGGAGUUGCAAGCAAAGAGCCUUGACACUACGGAGAUGACCCCAGAAGAACUUCAGGCUCAGCUUGCCGAGAAGACAACUUUGCUGAGCGAGGCUCGGCUGAAGGAGCAGGGCUUUGUUGAGAGAAUUCACUCGCUUGAGGACAAGAUUAAAUGUUUCCACCGAGCCACUGUUGUAACUCAUCUUGGGAGCACGUACAAAGAUCCUGCAUACAACAGCAGUGAGCCUGCUGAGAUGGAGUACCUGAGGAAGGUGUUGUUUGAAUACAUGAUGGGACGGGAAACAAAAACGAUGGCCAAAGUGAUUACCUCCAUACUCAAGUUUCCUCCAGACCAAGCGCAAAAGGUUUUGGACAAAGAAGACUCAAAAGCAGUUCCUUGGUUACGAUGAGUGUGUGAAUAAUUCAAGUAUUUACGGAUGAAAAUCUGCUGCUGCUGCUGCUGCUGAAGGGGAAGACUGCCAUGGAUUUGUUCAAGCCCUUCUCUCUGCAUUUAUUGUCUUUUUCUGUGUAUGUGUGUGUGUGUGUGUGUGUGUGCGUGCGUGCGUGUGUGUGUUUGAGCACACAUUGGGACAUAAGUGUGCUGUGUGUGCGUGUGUGUGUGUGGUGCAGUAUGCGUGGAUAUAUCUAAAGGUAUGAGGGAAUUAGAGAAUAUGCCAGAAACACAAAUCUUCCACAAAUCUAGUUUUAUUCUGAAAUUAAGUUUGUUAAUUUAUAUGUUUUAGAUGAAGUGAAAUUGUUUCCUUUUUCAUUUUAGAAUGUGAUGUUUAUACAGAUUGGCUUGUGCAAUAAAUUAUAUCAUUAUCACGUAUUGAUGCUGACAGGUCAGUUGAUUUAUAGGUUUCUGUGUUGUGCUGUCGUCUGAAUCACUUCCUGUGUAAAACUGUAAACGACCCUUUAACUGUGCACUCGCACCACAUUAAGAUAUACUGGCCUCUGGACCUUGUUUGUUUAACACAGCUUUUCUAUGCUUUAUAUUUUGUCACUACACUGACUUAGAGACACAAAAUCACAAAAACUGUAAAUUGUACUAUGAUAAUUAAGACUGUAUUAUAGGGCACUAUAUGACUUGCUAUACAUUUUCAGACUAACAAAUUAAAUCUUAUUUACAGAA